AUGUCACAAGCAACCCUUUCUCCUUCGCCCAUUUUUGGAGACUCGCCGGCCUCAAACUUCUUUGGUCGCGCAGGUCCCUCUGCACCUUCCAACGAUUUUCCCUCCCUCUUUCGCCGUCGAACCUCUCACCCGCACAACAACCACAAUCAUUCGCAGCGAAGUUCGGUGGAAAUGGCGGAGGCAUCACAGUCUCAACGACCUCGACUCGAGCACAGGCAAUCGCAAACCAUUAUCGACCUUACAGACGAUGUCGAAGAGGCACCUGUACCCUCCCCACGAAAUGCGAGCCGUAAUCGAGCCUCGAGACCUCCGCACCUCGGCAGAAGUGAUGCUUCCCGAUUACAGGACAUGUCAGAUCUGAUAGAUCUUACAGAAGAUAGUUCAGAUGUUGUUAUUCUCAGGGAGAGUGCUGUGGAACGACCACAACGACCACAGCCUGUACGCCGUGAACCUCCUCACAGGAAUCAUUCGCCACCUCUGUUUGUGCCCAAUCGACCGCAACAUGGCCAUCUCGGCGGCGUGGUUGCUUCUCCUCAUGCUAUCGGAUACAUCACUGGAGCCGUCAAUCAUAUUGGGAACUUGGGAGGUGCUGUAAUGCCAGGUGCAUUGCGCGACUUUCUCGGAAUACACAUGCAUUACCAUGACCACUUUGGAAAUCAGCAAGCAAUGCCCGGGGUGAUGAAUUACCAAAAUGCAGCUUUUGCAGAGCGGAAGCCUGAUCAUGUCGCUCCUUCACCCGUCCCAGCAGGCUUCACCCGAUCUCCAAAAGACGAAGAUAUUGUAAUUUGCCCCAGUUGUGAAGAGGAGUUGGUACACCGGAAGGAAGACGAGGAACCUCCUGUGAAGAAGGGUGGCAGAGCACCUACGCGGAAAGAUAGAGAGGAGCAUCCUUUCUGGGUUAUAAAGGAGUGUGGUCAUGUCUACUGCAACAAGUGUUAUCAACUUCGGCAACAGGCUUCUAAGCACGAUUCGGUACAGUUCCGAGAAGUAGAGAAAUCUACUGGCAAGAAGGCUAAGAUUCUUACUUGCAAUAUUGAGGACUGCCAUAGUGAUGUGAAGAGCAAGGAGAAAUGGGUUGGCGUGUUCCUAUAG